AUGCGUUCCUUGAGCCUCCUUCUUGCCAUCGUCGCCUUUGCUGCUUCGGCUCUGGCUCUCACGAUCACCGCGCCCAAGGCUGGGGACCAGGUUGACUUCAGCAAGUCGUACAAGUUCCAAUGGACAACGGUUUCUUCUGAUCCGGACGAGGUCACUUUGGUCCUGGUCAACAUGGCCUCCCAGCCUACAGUCAACAAGGUCAUCACCCAGAAUGCCAAGGUCUCGGAUGGCUCCUAUACUGUGGACAUGAUCACCGGGAUUCCUGUUGCUAAUGGCUACCAACUGAAUGCUAUUGCCAACACCACCCAGAACACUGGCAUCUUGAGCCAAUCGAACCAAUUCAACGUGACCAAGGUUGGCAAAGUUGAGACGGGUAAGGAUACUUCUAAUUCAACACUAUCAUCAUCACCAUCACACACAUCACAAUCUGCACCUAUAUCACCUACACCUACACCUACACCUACACCUACACCAUCAUCACCACUAUCAUCAUCAGCACAUGCACAUGCACAUGCACAUGCACCACUAUCAUCCAGCACCUACACCAGCACUAGAUACAAGUCACGCCCCUGCAUCUAUCACAAGACCUCUUCACCAUCUUCACCAUCAUCUAGCACCAUUCCCUCCGCCUUCGUGAGACCGGCCACAGCAUCUGCCACUACUGCCACCAAGACCGCUGCCUCCGCCACUGCCUCCGCCGGAGCUGCCGCAAGCGCAAUGACCCUGAGCGGUCCCCUCGCCGUGCUCAGCGCCCUCGUGAUGAGCAUCUUCGCCGGAGCGUUGUAA